AUGGUAAAACAACUUCAAAAACUAUCAUCAAAUUCAUUUCAAUCAAUCAAUGGACUUUUAGAAACAGCACAUUCACUUUUUCAACAAUAUAGGUAUGAACAAAAAUCAAAUGAAUUAUGGUCGAAAAUUAAAUUAGUUCUCAAAGAAUUUACAUUACCUAAACAAUUUGAGGAUAAUGUAACAAGUUAUAUGACAUAUUUUUUAACACUUCUUUCUUAUGAUCAUCCAACACUUCAUUCAAAUAAUAAUGAUCCUGAAAUAUUAGAUCAAGUUAAGAUCGAAAUUUGUCGUCCUAUUAUCCUUUAUGUAAAUAAUUGUAGUGAUGAUUGUAAACCAUUUGCACAACAAUUACCUUUAGCAGUUUGGUAUUUAUUAACAGGAUUAGAUCUUUCAUCAUGUUUUGAUAAAGCAAAAUUUUAA